GUUCCAGCCAUCAUGCGACUCCUCGCCGCCCAUCUCGGCGAUGCUCGUCUCUCUAGUCUUCACUUCCCCAUCUCCACUGCAUUCCACCGAUCCCGCCCUUCCGGCUUCCCGUUCCCCGCAUUUCGCGAUUCCGGUCCCUCCGCCUCCCAAUCUCCCACCAGCUUCGCGCAAGCCCCCCGCCCCGUUGCGCAAUUCCAGGCGCAUUCUUCCCCCCGGGCGCAUUCUUCCGCCCAGGCUAACCCCUCGGAGAUGGUGGCGGAGGCGGAAGCACUGGACGGCGCUGUCACCGCCACCAGUCCUAGAACUGCCGAUAGCCUUUCUAUCACCGCCAAUGGCGCUACGAGAUCCCUACUAAGUGAUAGUAACAGCGCUACGGGUCCUAUUACGGGUCCUAUAACGGGUCCUAUAACCUUGCGCGGGGUGGUGUUCGACAUGGACGGGACCCUGACCGUGCCGUGCAUCGACUUCGCGGAGAUGCGGCGGCGCGUGGGCGCCACGAGCUCGGACAUCCUGCACGAGAUCGACGGCUGGGAUGCGCCGAGACGCGCCGAAGCGUAUCGCGUGAUCGGAGAGAUGGAGGAGGAGGCGAAGCAACGGCUGCAGAUCAUGCCGGGUGCUCUUGAGUUAUGCUCCUUUCUUGACGCCCGGAACAUUCGGCGAGGGCUCAUCACGAGAAACGUGAAGGACUCAGUCGAUCAUUUCCAUACCAGCUUCCAGGUUCCCCCAUUUUCGCCUGCUCUCAGUCGUGAAUUCCAACCGUAUAAGCCACACGCGGCCCCUUUGAUACACAUAUGUGCACAAUGGGGAGUAUCUACUUCGGAGGUGAUUAUGGUUGGCGACUCUGCUAAAGAUGAUGUGGUUUGUGGAAAAAGAGCAGGUGCAAUCACUUGUUUACUUGACGAGGCUGGUAAAUUUCCCAGGGUUGAUGAGAUGCCAGAAGACAUACGACCCCAUUUUCGUAUAAGAAGUCUAAGUGAGAUGUUGGAUCUCCUCAUGUCGCAAAUGUUUGUGCUUGGCUGAGAGUAUUUCACAUUUUAAUUAUCAUUUGUACUUGUAUAUUUAUCCUGGUACACCUUUU